AUUCAACAGCAGUACUAUCGUUAGCAGGCUGACAAACUAAGUGCAUUUUUGGGCACAUAGGUUGCUAAGUAUUUAAAGGUCAUUACUAGGCAUGAAAACAACCGGCAUAUUUUAGUUUGGGUCAGGUGAACGAAAAGCGUCACGCUGUAGCCAUGACGACAACGAUAGUUCACGACACCACUGAGGCCGUGAAACUGUGCCCGGCUCAUGGCUUGUACUUGAAGCCCAUUGCUAAGAUGAUCGUCAGCGUGGCCCUGCCCCAGCUGAAGCAGCCGGGAAAGUCCAUCUCCAACUGGGAGGUGAUGGAGAGGGUGAAGUCCAUGGUGCAGCCCGACCAGUUCUCUGCCCUGCGAAUCUCCAAGAGCACCAUGGAGUUCAUCCGCUUCGAGGGCGAGGUGGAGAACCGGGCCAUGGUGAAGGCCUUCCUGGCCAAGCUGGACGGCAAGAGCAUCAAGCUGAGCGGCUUCACGGACAUCCUGAAGGUGCGGGCGGCUGAGAACAAGACAGACUUCCCCACCCGCCAUGACUGGGACUCCUUCUUCCGCGACGCCAAAGACAUGAACGAGACAGUGCCCGGCGAGCGCCCCGACACCAUCCACCUGGAGGGCUUGCCCUGCAAGUGGUUUGCCCAGAAGGACACCUCCCCCGAGCGGCCCUCCGAGAGCGUCCUCACGGCGGUGUUCGAGGGCUUUGGGAAGAUCCGCAACGUGGACAUCCCCAUGCUGGACCCUUACCGCGAGGAGAUGAUGGACAAGAACUUUCACACGUUCACCUUCGGGGGCCACCUGAACUUCGAGGCGUAUGUGCAGUACCAGGAGUACGUGGGCUUCGUCAAGGCCAUGGACACCCUGAGGGGUAUGAAGCUGAUGUACAAAGCGGAGGAUGGCAAGGCCGUGGCCUGUAACAUCAAGGUGACCUUUGACACCACCAAGCACCUCAGUGAUUCAGCCCUGAAGAGGAGGCAGCUGGAGAGGCAGAAGCUCCAGGAGCUGGAGAGGCAGAGGGAGGAACAGAAACGCAGGGAGAAGGAGGAGGAGGAGCGACGCAAGGAGGAGGAAAGGAAACAGCGGGAGCAGGAGGAGGAGGAGAGAGAGCGGAGGAGGGAGGAGAAGCUGCGGAAGAGGGAGCAGAAGAACAGGGAGCGGGAGGAGAAGAAGAACCAGAGGAAGGUGAAGAAGCAGCAGGCGGAGGAGCAGAAGAAGCUGCACCUGAAGAUCGCCAUGGAGGAGAGGAAGCUGCUGCUGGCCCAGCGCAACCUGGAGUCCAUCCGCCUCAUCGCCGAGCUGCUGGGCAGGGCCAAGGCCCUGAGGCAGCAGCAGCAGGAGAGGGAGCAGGCGGAGCUGGCUCGGCAGCAGAAGGCAGAGCUGGCCAGGCUGCAGCACCUGGAGGAGAAGCGGCGGCUCCAGGAGGCGGAGCUGCGGCGGGUGGAGGAGGAGAAGGCCCGGGCGCUGGAGCUGCAGCGCAGAGAGAGGGAGCUGCGGGACAGGCUGCUGGGGAACCUCCUCAAGAAGAGCACCGCCCCGGAGAGCCAGGAGGCGGAGCUGGGGCUGAUGGGACACGCGGUCCUGGGCAUGCCCUACAGCCCUCCAGACUGCCAGACUAACGUUGCUCAGGCUCAGGUCAAUGGUCUCUCGCACAUAGCUGGAGAGAACCAGUAUCCCUCUGUCGCAGGGCUGAGGGGCCACUCCGGGGGGCACUGCAGCUCCCAGUGGGGGCAGCUGGACUCCGGCCCAGAGAGCAGGACAGGAGGCAGGCAACAUAGCCACGAACGCACCCAAGACCGAGAAAGAGGGGUCCGCAGCCGAGAGCUCAGCAGAGGUAGAUGGGAGAGCAGCCGAGAGCGUAGUAGUAGAGGGAAGCACAGCCGAGAACGCAGCCGGCAGCGUAGCAGAGGUAGAGGAGAGCGCAGUCGAGAACACAGCCGAGAGCGAAGCAGAGGUAGAGGAGAGCGUAGCCGAGAGCGUAGCAGAGAGAGGGCAGGGCGCAGCCGAGAGCGAAGCAGAGGUAGGGGAAAACGCAGUCGGGAGCACAGCAGAAGUAGGUGGGAGCGCAGCCGAGAGCGUAGCAGAGAGAGGGGAGGGCGCAGCCGAGAGCGUAGCAGAGAGAGGGGAGGGCGCAGCCGAGAACGUAGCAGAGAGAGGGGAGGGCGCAGCCGAGAACGUAGCAGAGAGAGGGGAGGGCGCAGCCGAGAGCGUAGCCGAGAGCGUAGCAGAGGAAGGGGAGAGCGCAGCCGAGAGCGUAGCAGAGGAAGGAGGGAGUACAACCGCAGGGGGAGGGGAAGGAAUUGGUCACGCUCCUCCAGCUAUGAUGGGAACAGGAGGAAGGAGUCCAGCCGGGAGAGGAGCCGCAGACAUCACAGUCCCGGCCGGGACAGGGGUCGGAGGGACAGCUUUCGAGACUAUAGUUAA